CUUCUCCGUCGUCCAACCACCAAAAAUCUUUUUUUACCCCAAACCCAAAAAAUAAACUCUUCCAUUUUCAGACAAAAACCGAAAAAGCUAAACUCUCUAUUGUCUUACCUUGGAAUGCACGUUGAAUCCCUCCUAUAUCUUGUGAUUUAGCUUCGAGGGUUUUGUUCUGAUCGGUAAGAAAAAAAUGGAGCAGAAGAGCGUGUUGCUGUCAGCUUUAGGUGUUGGUGUUGGUUUAGGGAUUGGGUUGGCAUCGGGUCAGAGUUUGGGUAGAUGGGCAAACGGGUCGGGUUCUGUAGAAGAUGAUCUCACAGGAGAACAUAUUGAGCAAGAGUUGGUGAGACAAAUUAUUGAUGGAAGAGAGAGUACUGUUACCUUCGAUGAGUUUCCCUAUUUCUUAAGCGAGAGGACAAGAGAGUUAUUGACAAGUUCAGCUUAUGUUCAUCUAAAAGAGUUUGAUAUCUCCAAGCACACUCGGAAUCUUGCUCCAGCAAGUAAAGCAAUUUUACUUUCUGGUCCUGCGGAGUUCUAUCAGCAAAUGCUUGCAAAAGCUUUGUCUCAUUACUGUGAAUCAAAGCUAUUGUUGUUAGAUAUAACUGCUUUUUCUGUUAAGAUACAAAGUAAAUAUGGAUGCACCAAGAAGGAACCAUUUCACAAGAGGUCUAUUUCUGAGUUAACAUUAAACAAAGUGUCGAGUUUGAUGGGUUCCUACUCGAUAUUCUCUCAACGCGAAGUUGAUCCAAGAGGGACAUUGCCUCGACAUACCAGUGGAAAUGAUCUUAAAACAAGGAGCAUAGAGAGCUCAAAUCUUUCUCCAAAACACAAGAGAAAUGCUUCUGCUGCUCCUAGCAUAUCCUCUGUUUCAGGAAGUAGCAAACGGAGCACAAAUUUAUGUUUUGACGAGAAACUUUUUCUGCAGUCACUUUACAAGGUUUUGGUCUCUGUGUCAGCAACAACUCCGCUAAUAGUAUACCUCAGGGACAUUGAGAAGCUUCUUGAGUCAGAAAGAUUCUACAAGUUGUUCCAAAUGCUCUUGAACAAGCUCUCUGGUCCAGUCUUGAUUCUUGGCUCAAGAGUAUUAGAACCAGAAGAUGAUUGCCAAGAAGUAAGUGAAAGAACUUCCGCUCUGUUUCCUUACAACAUUGAGAUCAGGCCACCAGAGGAUGAGUCUCAGCUCAUGAGCUGGAAAAGUCGUUUAGAAGAUGACAUGAAGAUGAUUCAGUUUCAAGACAAUAAGAACCACAUCGCAGAGGUUCUUGCUGCUAAUGACAUCGAAUGCGAUGACUUAGCUUCCAUAUGCCAUGCUGAUACAAUGUGUUUGAGUAGCCACAUUGAUGAAGUUGUGGUUUCUGCAAUCACUUAUCAUUUGAUACACACCAAAGAACCUGAAUACAGAAACGGAAAGCUUGUUAUAUCUUCCAAAAGCUUGUCUCAUGGACUGAGUAUAUUCCAAGAAGGUGGAAGCAGAUCAUUUGAGCUAGACACAAACACUGACUCUAAGCGUAAAGGAGGAGAAGUGAGUUCAAAGAGUGAGUCUAAACCUGAAUCAUCUGCUCCUGAAAACAAGAAUGAGUUAGACAAAUCACUUCCUGCAAACAAGAAUGAUAAUCCAUCACCUCCAAAAGCGCCUGAGGUUGUUCCUGACAAUGAGUUUGAGAAGCGGAUAAGACCAGAGGUUAUACCAGCAAAUGAGAUUGGUGUGACAUUUGCAGAUAUUGGUUCUUUAGACGAAACAAAAGAUUCACUUCAAGAACUUGUAAUGCUUCCACUUAGAAGACCAGAUCUCUUCAAAGGAGGUCUUCUCAAGCCAUGUAGAGGGAUCCUUCUGUUUGGUCCACCUGGUACUGGGAAAACAAUGCUUGCAAAAGCCAUUGCAAAUGAAGCUGGAGCUAGUUUCAUCAAUGUAUCAAUGUCUACAAUCACUUCUAAAUGGUUUGGAGAAGAUGAGAAGAAUGUGAGAGCUUUGUUUACUUUAGCAGCUAAGGUAUCUCCAACGAUUAUAUUUGUGGAUGAAGUUGAUAGUAUGCUGGGGCAAAGAACAAGAGUUGGAGAGCAUGAAGCUAUGAGGAAGAUCAAGAAUGAGUUUAUGACUCAUUGGGAUGGGUUAAUGACCAAACCUGGUGAAAGGAUUCUGGUUCUUGCAGCUACAAACAGACCCUUUGAUCUUGAUGAAGCUAUCAUCAGGAGGUUUGAGAGGAGAAUAAUGGUGGGACUUCCUUCAGUUGAGAGCAGAGAGAAGAUCUUGAGAACUUUGUUGGCAAAAGAGAAGACAGAUGACCUUGAUUUUCAUGAGCUUGGACAGAUGACAGAAGGUUACAGUGGAAGUGAUCUCAAGAACUUAUGCAUCACAGCUGCUUACAGACCUGUUAGAGAGCUAAUUCAAAAGGAGAGAUUGAAAGAUCAGGAGAGGAAAAAGAGGGAAGAAGCAGGAAAGGGCACGGAAGAAACAAAAGAAGGAGAAGAAGAAGCUACAGAGGAGAAAGAGAUUAUUUUGAGACCUUUGAACAUGGAAGACAUGAGAAAAGCUAAAAACCAGGUAGGGGCAAGUUUUGCAUCAGAAGGAUCUGGAAUGAAUGAGCUGAAGCAAUGGAAUGAUUUGUAUGGAGAAGGAGGCUCAAGGAAAAAGGAACAGCUUACUUACUUCCUCUGAAAACUGUAAACCCCUAAAAUUGUGAAUGUAUGUUUCUUGGUGCACAAGUAUCAAACCGAUCGGUUUGGUCUUUGGCAUAUUCAAAACAGAAAAUCUUGUCUUACUUGUUAGGCUAUUCCAUUUUCAUAUCAAAUAUUUAAGUCCGUCUUCUUCUCUUUCUUCUUUUGGGUUUCUUACAAUUUUUCUCAAAACUGUGAUUUAUUUUCUUUCUAAGUUCAUAUUUAUGUCAUUGUGAGAGUGUAGUUUAUGUAUGUGGUAAACAUAUUUACAUAAAUAUUUGCCUGCUUGGUCUUUG